GCUUCUCUCUGCUAAAAUAUAGUUUUUAGGUCUGUUCUUUACAGCUGAACUGGUUGCACUAGUUCAGAUCUUAUCUUUCUCUUUCAAAUAUGGAAAGAAAAAGAUAAACUCUGAACUAGUGCAGCCAGUUCAGCUAUAAAGAAAAGACUCUUUAAAAAUGAAGCGACACUUUUUCCAGUUACAUUAUUUUGUUUUGUGCCAAAACGCGUCGAAUGAGCAUAACUUUAUUGAUAUUUGAAAGAGAACGCGAUAAACCUCCUGGUGAUCAUUUUUGUAUUCGUCAAACAUGCCUGCCCCAUGUGAAGAUAUUAUCGAGGAUAUUGAAGAUUUAAUCGCGUCGCAAGACAUAACACCUAAAGAAAGAUAUAGCUCGAGGAAACAUAUCACAAUACGACCGAAACGAAGAAAGCAAGCGCAGGAAGAAGUUUUACAGCCGCCUAUCUUGUCGAGUAUAAUACCUGGUACGCAGACAGUCUAUGUGAAAACAUGGGGUUGCACGCACAAUAAUUCGGACACUGAAUACAUGGCCGGACAGCUGACAAUGUACGGUUACAAUUUGUCUGAUGAUAAGAUGAAAGCAGACUUGUGGCUUUUGAAUUCGUGCACCGUCAAGAAUCCUGCGGAAGAUCAGUUCAGGAAUGAAAUUGAGCAUGGCAAGAAAAUUGGCAAACAUAUUGUAGUUGCCGGAUGUGUACCACAAGGUGCUCCAAAAUCUUGCUUUCUACAAGGAUUGAGUAUAAUCGGAGUACAACAAAUUGAUCGAGUAGUAGAAGUUGUGGAGGAAACCUUAAAAGGAAAUACAGUGAGAUUUUUACAUCAGAAAAAGAAUUCUGGUAAAAAGAUGGGUGGUGCUUCGCUGAGCCUUCCAAAAGUGCGGCGUAAUCCACUCAUCGAGAUCAUAGCCAUCAAUACAGGUUGUUUGAAUCAAUGUACUUAUUGUAAAACAAAACACGCGCGAGGAGAACUAGGCAGUUAUCAUCCGGAAGAGAUAGUUGAACGAGCUAAACAGGCUUUUAAAGAGGGUGUGUGCGAGUUGUGGCUCACGUCGGAAGAUACAGGUGCCUAUGGUAGAGACAUUGGUUCUAGUUUGCCGCAAUUAUUAUGGAAAUUGAUAAAUGUGAUCCCAGAGGGUUGUAUGAUGCGUGUAGGCAUGACCAAUCCACCAUACAUCCUUGAGCAUCUGGAUGAGAUGGCCAAAAUCUUGCGCCAUCCCAAAGUCUACAGUUUUCUGCAUAUUCCGGUGCAAUCUGGCAGCGAUCAGGUGCUAGCCGAUAUGAAACGGGAAUACACAUGCGCUGAUUUCGAGCACACGGUGAAUUUCCUGAGCGAUCGAGUACCAGGUCUAACCAUCGCUACGGAUAUUAUUUGCGGGUUUCCUACUGAAACGGAAAUGGAUUUCGAGCAGACGAUGACGCUCUGCCAAAAAUAUAAGUUUCCAAGCCUCUUUAUCAAUCAGUUCUUUUCCCGACCCGGCACACCCGCUGCUAGGAUGUCAAAGGUGCCCACACAAGAGGUGAAGAUCAGAACUAGAAAGUUAUCAGAAUUUUUCCAGUCGUACGAACCGUACCAACAUAAAGUGGGACUGUUGCAGAAAGUGUUAGUGACAGAAGUAUCACAUGAUAAACAGCAUUAUGUAGGCCACAACAAAUUCUAUGAACAAGUAUUGAUUCCCAUGAAGGAGAAGUACAUGGGAAAGAUGGUCGACGUGAAAAUUAUAGAAGCGACAAAGUUCUCCAUGAAAGGGGAACCAAUUGGAGAAGGCACAUCUCCGACACUAAAAUCUCUGUCGCGAGAAGUAGUUCUCCACAGAGCACUGGACGAAACAAAGCCGUCGAGAUAUGGAAUAGCGACAAUUACGGCAAUUUUUUUUGCUGUAAUAGUUAGGAUAUUAUGGAAAUUUCUAACUUAAAUAUAUAUAUAUAUAUAUACAUAUAUAACUUAUUCUAAUAUUAUAUAUAAAUAGUAAUAUUAUGUAUAAAUAAAUAUUAUAUAUACUGAAUACAUUAUAUACACAUAUUACACACAAUGUGAAAUAAAUGCAAAAUUUUAUGUCUGUAA